GACCACUGUCAUCGGCCAUGUUGAAUGUGAUUACGAAAUUUUGUUUACAAUCUUGUAACUUUGUUACCUAUCGACAGUGUUUAUUAUCGUAAGAUCAACCGCAAUGAAUAGAAUAAAAUCAUUUAUGCCGCUUUUAUCUUCCGUACGCAAACUGCAUACGACCAACAAAUCAUUCCUGAAUCUUGUGCCUAUCGUCGUGGAACAAACCGGCCGAGGAGAACGAGCGUAUGACAUAUUUUCUCGCUUGCUGAAAGAGCGAAUCAUCUGUUUAAUGGGCCCGAUACAUGACGAUCUAAGUUCAUUGAUAGUGGCGCAGCUGCUAUUCCUGCAGUCGGAAAAUGGAACCAAACCGAUCCACAUGUACAUCAAUUCGCCCGGAGGAAGUGUCACGGCCGGAUUGGCAAUCUACGACACGAUGCAGUACGUGAAGCCACCCGUAGCUACCUGGUGUGUGGGACAGGCAUGCUCCAUGGGUUCACUACUGUUGGCUGCCGGUGCACCAGGAAUGCGCCACUCACUGCCAAAUGCACGCAUUAUGAUUCACCAACCGUCCGGCGGUGCACAGGGACAGGCGACUGACAUUCAGAUACAGGCGGAAGAGAUACUGAAGCUUAAAAAACAGCUGACGGAGAUUUAUGGAAAGCACACAAAAACAUCGGUCGAUGUGCUGUACUCAAAGAUGGAGCGUGACACGUUCCUCAGCCCAGAGGAGGCCCAAACGUUGGGCAUUAUAGAUACGGUACUGGAGCAUCCCCCCUCAUCGACGGAAGCUACGUCGUAAAUCAGAGCACUGGAAGUUAUGUAUGAUGUUUGUUAUGAAACGGGAGGGUAAUAAAACAGGACAAAUGUAAGAACUUGUUUAAA